GAUCCCGAUGCCUUGUUAAACCUGGAGCAGCCUCCGGGAGGGAUGAGCUGCCGGGUAAAUUGGAACGAAGACCGCAUUAAAAAAAAAAAAAAAAAUAGAAAUAAAUCAAGGAAACAAUUUAAAGGAAGUGCAAGAACGCCAACUGAGGACUGUGUUCGCCAUCUAUGCAAGUGUGUGUGUAAUUGUGUGUGAUUGUGUGUGUGUGUGUGUCGUGGACUCCCACUCAGUGAUGUAAAAGGUGGAUAUCGGCAUGUGGAGGAUCAGGCACAAAGGGCCUGAGCGUGAUGGUGGUCUGGACGCAUAGAGCCGUGCGAUGACGGUGGGCACCGUGGGUACAAGAGUCAUGCGACACCCAUCCCUGCGCUGCCACCUCCUCCUGGGUGGGGCCGUACUGCUUCUCCUGGCCCGUUCGGCCCUGAGCUGCCCGGCGCGAUGCGAGUGCUCCGCGCAGACUAAGUCAGUGAGCUGCCACCGCAGGCGACUGAGCACCAUCCCCGAAGGCAUCCCGAUCGAGACUCGGGUCCUGGAUCUCAGCAAGAACAAGUUACGCACCAUCACACCGGACAAUUUCUCCUCCUUCGGGCAGCUGGAGGACCUGGAUCUCAGCGACAACCUCAUCAGCGUCGUGGAAACGGGAUCGUUCCGUUGUCAACUUGCUCUCCGCUCGCUGAACUUUCGCAGCAACAUGCUCCAGCUGGUACCCGCGGGGGUCCUGUCGGGCUUGACCAACCUCACCCGCCUGGACCUCAGCCACAACCGACUGGUGGUUCUACUGGACCACGCCUUUCAAGAUCUGCGCAAAUUGGCAUCCCUUGAAGUUGGCGACAACGAACUUGUUUUCGUCUCUCAGAGGGCCUUCGUCGGAUUAACCGGACUCCGGAGUCUGACCCUGGAACGUUCCAACCUCACUGUGGUGCCCACCGACGCUCUGGCGCAUCUACACAACCUCGUGCAGCUUUGUAUGCGUCACUUGCGUAUUAGUUUCCUGAAGCCGUUCUCCUUUAAGAGGCUAUCGUCUCUCCGCCGACUAGAGAUUGAUUUCUGGCCCUGGUUGGACUCGCUCCCUCCGCUUUCGCUGCACGGACUCAACCUCACAACCUUAUUCGUAACAAACACUAAUCUUUCUGCCUUCCCCGGCGCGGCGUUGCGCCACUUGCCCUACCUCACACAUCUCAACUUGUCCUUCUGCAGAAUUCAGCACAUCCAUCAAGGAGAGCUGGGCCACCUCCCGCAUUUGAUGGAGCUCCGUCUCCAAGGCGCUCAGCUUGUUUCCAUCGAGACCUUUGCGUUUAUUGGCUUGAAAUCUUUGAAACUACUGGAUGUGUCACAAAACCGCUUGGACUCCCUGGAGAAAGGGGUGUUUGCAUCGCCGGAUAGCCUCCAGAGACUUUGUCUGGGCGGGAACCCGUUGGUGUGCGACUGCAGAUUGCUCUGGUUGCUGAACAGCCACCGCCCCCCGUCCCUGCAUAUUCUUGACAUCCAACCGGAAUGCAGCGCCCCCGAGUAUCUCUUGGGGAAAACUCUCCGGGAGUUGAAGGAACCGUUGGUUUCCCGGUACAUGACGUGCACUAAACCUCAAAUCGGACCCAACGCGACGCAGCUCCUGAUGGCCGACGAGGGUCAACCGGCGCGGUUGAGCUGCACGGCGGAAGGGGCGCCGCGGCCGUCGGUGGCGUGGAUUACGCCUCACAGACGCUACGUCACGGCCAAGAGCAGCGGCCGCGUGGAAGUCCGAUCGGACGGAACGCUGGAGAUCAAAGCGGCGGAACUCCACGACAGCGGCGUGUACUUGUGUAUCGCCAGUAACCCCGCCGGCAACGCUAGCUUGUCUGCUUCGUUAGCUGUCAAGAGUCUAGGCGUCGGGGACCGGUAUCACAAUACCAACAGGAGCUCGAAUUAUUUCGCAGACUCGAACAACACUUUCGGGAACGGGAACGGGAACGGGACCGCGUUGUACAACAUGACCGUCCCCAUCGAUAUUAAGACUAUUAUUAUAUCCACCGCCAUGGGAUGCCUGUCAUUCCUAGGUGUCGUCGUUUUCUGCUUCCUGCUUCUGUUCGCCUGGAGUCGAGGUAAAGGACGCCAUAAGAGCAACUUUGACAUCGAGUAUGUCCCUCGCAAGUCAAACGGGGCAUCGAACGAAGUCACGGAAACAAGCGGCCCUCGACGAGUCAAUAUGAAAAUGAUAUAAACGUUGUUUUUUUUUUUUUUUUUUUUUUUUUUUUUUAUGAUGCAGUGGAUUUGUGACCCAAUGAAAGUGAUGUACUAAUAUAGUGGCUGUCAAAUUGGAGGUGAUCAUGUGACUAAUCAAAGUGAAAACCGUGAACGUGUUUUUUUAUGAAAUAGCGUCCUCAUGCAUUAUACAUAUAAAAAUAUAAAACUAUAACCAACAUAUCAAUAUCGGGGAGUGAUAUAGUGCUGCGCUCGGCAUGCGUAAUCAGUGGUUGACGUGAUGAGUAACGAUGUUGUCGACUCGCCGCCGUGACAUCAAAGUGAAGCACGGAAACUACCAACCAAGGGGGGGGGGGACGGGGUAACGGGAAGUAUUCAGUACGCGGCGAUACUAGCUAUCGUUACUGCAAUAUGUCGGGAUUAAAUCGUUCCAAUACCCAUCUUUAGCUGCAGUGUGAAAGGUGUGUGUUGUGUUCCUGUGUGCGUGCACCGGUGUGCGCAUGUUGCAUUUGUGUUCUUUAUUUGUGCAUGUGCACGCAUUGCCUUUCUUAUCAUAUUUAAAAAAAAAAACAAAAAAACGACGGGGGUCCCGGAGUAUUUUAACGGAUCUUUGUUUCUUGUUGGAUCCUUGUAACAACAGUAUUGUCGCACAAGAUUAUAUACUGUGUGUUUGUAUGCAAAGUCGAAAUUAUGUUACACUAAAGAUUAGGAGUGUAACGGUACACCGUAAUCAUGGGGGUCGUCGCUAUGACGCUACGGUUCUAAGAGGGAAAUGCAAAACACGAAAUUCGGGAAUUGAAAUUUUUUCGGAAUUUUUGCCUCAUGAUUCACAAUAUUUAUGUGAAACAAAAACACGUAUUUAUGCCCCUUUUCUGUGCAUUCUAGCACAAUAAAACAAGUUAACAUGAGUUAGCUAAUAACGGUUAGCUAAUAAUAAUAUUACUCACUAAAUACGGCAAGAUACUGCAUCGAUUAUAUCACUGUACGUGAAUACUAAAUAUACUAAACCAUAGUUUUCAUAGUCGAUAUAGGUAUGGAAACAAGUUAAUAUGAGUUAGCUAAUAACUGACGUCAUGGGAAAUACAAAACAUGAAAUUGGGGAAUUGAACCUUUUUGGGAAAUUUUGCCCCAUGAUUCAUAAUCCUUAUGUGAAACUAAAAAACAUAUUUAUCUCCCUUUUCUGUGCAUUCUAGCACAAUAAAACAAGUUAACAUGAGUUAGCUAAUAACGGUUAGCUAAUAAUAAUAUUACUCACUAAAUACGGCAAGAUACUGCAUCGAUUACAUCACUGUACGUGAAUACUAAAUAUACUAAACCAUAGUUUCCAUAGUCGAUAUAGGUGUGAAAACAAGUUAAUAUGAGUUAGCUAAUAACUGACAUCAUGGGAAAUACCUAUUUUGACGAAACAAAAAAUACUUAUGUGAAACAAAAACACAUAUUUAUCUCCCUUUUCUGUGCAUUCUAGCACAAUAAAACAAGUUAACAUGAGUUAGCUAAUAACGGUUAGCUAAUAAUAAUAUUACUAGCUAAAUACGGCAAGAUACUGCAUCGAUUACAUCACUGUACGUGAAUACUAAAUAUACUAAACCAUAGUUUCCAUAGUCGAUAUAGGUGUGAAAACAAGUUAAUAUGAGCUAGCUAAUAACUGACAUCAUGGGAAAUACCUAUUUUGACGAUACAGCACUCACAAUGCUACUGUUGACAGAACUAGCAUAAGUAUUUGUACUAAUUACUCACUAAAUACUGGAAGAUACUGCAACGGUACACCGCAAUCGGGUCGCUACGUACCUCGGUUCUAAGGGGGAAGUGCAAAACACGAAAUUCGGGAAGUGAAAUUUUUUCGGAAUUUUUGCCUCAUGAUUCUCAAUAUUUAUGUGAAACAAAAACACAUAUUUAUCCCCCUUUUCUGUGCAUUCUAGCACAAUAAAACAAGUUAAUAUGAGUUAGCUAAUAACGGUUAGCUAAUAAUAAUAUUACUCACUAAAUACGGCAAGAUACUGCAUCGAUUACAUCACUGUACGUGAAUACUAAAUAUACUAAACCUAUAGUUUUCAUAGUCGAUAUACGUAGGUUUGAAAACGAGUUAAUAUGAGUUAGCUAAUAACGGACAUCAUGGGAAAUACAAAACACGAAAUUGGGGAAUUGAACUUUUGGGGGGAAAUUUUGCCCCAUGAUUCACAAACAAAAACACAUAUUUAUCCCCCUUUUCUGUGCAUUCUAGCACAAUAAAACAAGUUAAUAUGAGUUAGCUAAUAACGGUUAGCUAAUAAUAAUAUUACUCACUAAAUACGGCAAGACACUGCAUCGAUUACAUCACUGUACGUGAAUGCUAAAUGUACUAAACCAUAGUUUUCAUAGUCGAUAUACGUAGGUUUGAAAUCGAGUUAAUAUGAGUUAGCUAAUAACUGACAUCAUGGGAAAUACAAAACAUGAAAUUGGGGAAUCGAACUUUUUUGGGAAAAUUUUGCCCCAUGAUUCACAAACAAAAACACAUAUUUAUCUCCCUUUUCUGUGCAUUCUAGCACAAUAAAACAACUUAAUAUGAGUUAGCUAAUAACGGUUAGCUAAUAAUAAUAUUACUCACUAAAUACGGCAAGAUACUGCAUCGAUUACAUCACUGUACGUGAAUACUAAAUAUACUAAACCAUAGUUUUCAUAGUCGAUAUAGGUGUGAAAUCAAGUUAAUAUGAGCUAGCUAAUAACUGACAUCAUGGGAAAUACAAAACAUGAAAUUGGGGAAUUGAACCUUUUUGGGAAAUUUUGCCCCAUGAUUCAUAAUCCUUAUGUGAAACUAAAAAACAUAUUUAUCUCCCGUUUCUGUGCAUUCUCACACAAGAAAACUAGUUAAUAUGAGCUAGCUAAUAACGGACAUCACAUAUUUAUCUCCCUUGUACUAAUUACUCACUAAAUACAUCAAGAUACUGCAUCGAUUACAUGUUAUCAUCACUGUACGUGAAUACUAAAUAUACUAAACCAUAGUUUUCAUAGUCGAUAUAGGUGUCAAAACAAGUUAAUAUGAGCUAGCUAAUAACGAACGUCAUGGGAAAUACCUAUUUUGACGAUACAGCACUCACAAUGCUACUGUUGACAGAACUAGCAUAAGUAUUUGUACUAAUUACUCACUAAAUACGGCAAGAUACUGCAACGGUACACCGGAAUAGGGUCGCUACGUACCUCGGUUCUUAGGGGGAAAUGCAAAACAUGAAAUUGGGGAAUUGAACUUUUUUGGGAAAUUUUGCCCCAUGAUUCAUAAUCCUUAUGUGAAACAAAAACACAUAUUUAUCUCCCUUUUCUGUGCAUUCUAGCACAAUAAAACAAGUUAACAUGAGUUAGCUAAUAACGGUUAGCUAAUAAUAAUAUUACUCACUAAAUACGGCCAGAUACUGCAUCGAUUACAUCACUGUACGUGAAUACUAAAUAUACUAAAACUAUAGUUUACAUAGUUUUCAUAGUCGAUAUAGGUUUGAAAACAAGUUAAUAUGAGCUAGCUAAUAACUGACAUCAUGGGAAAUACCUAUUUUGACGAUACAGCACUCACAAUGCUACUGUUGACAGAACUAGCAUAAGUAUUUGUACUAAUUACUCACUAAAUACGGCAAGAUACUGCAACGGUACACCGCAAUAGGGUCGCUACGUACCUCGGUUCUUAGGGGGAAAUGCAAAACAUGAAAUUGGGGAAUUGAACCUUUUUGGGAAAUUUUACCCCAUGAUUCACAAUACUUUACCUCCCUUUUCUGUGCAUUCUAGCACAAUAAAACAACUUAAUAUGAGUUAGCUAAUAACGGUUAGCUAAUAAUAAUAUUACUCACUAAAUACGGCCAGAUACUGCAUCGAUUACAUCACUGUACGUGAAUACUAAAUAUACUAAACCAUAGUUUCCAUAGUCGAUAUCAGUGUAUCCCAAUGCCGUUCAUUGUUAGCUAGCUCAUAUUGACUACUUUUCUUGUGUGUGAAAAUGUACAAAAAAGCAAAACAAUAUGUUUAUGUUUCACAUAAGCAUCACAUAAGAAUCCCUUUAAAGAAGCAGUAACAAAAUAGUACGACAUAAAUAUUAAUAAUCAUACAGUAAUAAUAUAGUACAAUUUCAUUUUGAGCAUUGAGCAUUUUUCGGAAGUGCAACAGUAAUUACCUGAUAAUUACCUGAAUUAUUAUGAAUCAUUAAUACUUCCAACUUCGAAGUAAAACAAAACAAACAAACAAAAAAAAAAACAUUACUAACACAUGUACCGUUACACUCCUAACAAGAAAUGCUGCAUAUGUUUCAAAGCAGUCCAAUAUACGUAUGGGAAUUGAACAGAUAUCGGCGGAAUAAUACUCUAUACUUCCAUGUGAGGCGUGAGCUCUGUCACUUUGCAAGGCAGCACGAAUAAAAUAACCGGGCAGUGAAGCUAUCACGGGAGAAAAGCUUGCCGCAACAACGAUAGCGUCGUAAAGCUGCUUUAAUAAUAACACGAUAAAUCACAGGAUUUUUUUUUUUUUUUUUUUUGCCAAAAAAAAAAAAAAUCCUUUGAUAUGAUAUAAAAGACUCGGCGGUCAGAUACUAUAAGUCGGAGAUUUACCGGAUUGUACGCUCUUUGGGACAAGACGUAGCGAAGCCUCACAGAUUUAUAGCUUAAAUUUCCCAGCAUUUUUGAUUGAUUUAUUAUCACACCUCCAAUUCGUCCCCCCCUUGGGGUGCAACAGGGGGGGGCUCUGGAUAUUUAAAUAGGUGUCAAUUUCAGUGGAAUCUUGUAUUGUUUAUUUGUUUGGAAAUAUUUUCAGUGUCAAGGGGUUGGGGUGUAUGGAGGACCAAAACUGCCAAACUAAUAAAUAAAUAAAUAAAAGUGAAAAUAAAAACAAAAAUUAAAAAAAUAAAUCAAAAAAUUAAAUACACAAAAAUAAAUAUAAAUGGAAAUAAAAACAAAAAUAAAAAAAUAUAUACAUAAAUAAAUAAAUAAAUAAACGCAAAAAUAAAUACAAAAAUAAAAAAACAAGAUUCAAAAAUUAAAUUUAAUUGCUUUUAUUUAUUUAUUUAUGUAUAUAUUUUUUUAUUUUU